AUCCCUUCAGUGCUGGCCCAGAGAAGAGAGAAGUGUAGUCAGUCACCUGCUGGUGAAGGACAGUAAAGCAGCAAAAGCAAGAAGAGAAAAAUCUAUUUCUUUGGAAGAUCCACCUUGCAUUCCCUGCUCUCUCUCACUCUCUCUCCUGGCAUUAUCCACAAGAAGAGAAGACCCCAUUCCUGGAGACCUCAUUAUUGCUGCAUUUUGUGCAGGAGGAGGGAUGCCUCCAAGUGUCAGCUCCUAGGGAUCGCUGCCAGGGGCUGUAGGGGAGCUGUGCUGCCAGUGAAAUUGAUCAGCAGUAAUGUUGAACACACACAAGCUGCUGAUUGUACCGGGAGAGCAAGCAUGACCGGGGAAUGGUCUCAUCAUCACAUCUCCUGCUCGCUACUUUAAAAACAUUUAUGUGCAUUUUGCCGCAUGAUGCUUUGCAAUGGAGCAGCUUCUUUCUCUCUCCUUGGGAUGCAGCAAGUCUCUGAUUUGUAGCUUAUUGCAGAAAGGAUAUAAAUAGUCACACCGUGCAGCAGACUAUUCCGGUGCCACUGCGAGGGGGUCUGUCUGCCAGGGAUCACCUGUCGCUUACCAGUCUCUGCCAGUGCACAAGUGAAUCGUUGUGAGAUCACAUAUAUGCACAUCCACAGCGCUGGUUCCCUGAGAAUGAGACUGAGGAGAGCAGUCAGGCUCUGUAGGAAAAGGCUGACUUUCAGAUUCUAGAUUUGGGCAACUUUGCUGGUGCAUGGUCCAAGUCCCCGGGCAGAGCACCCAGGAGAAACAGGUCAGUAGCAAUGAGUUCCAUCACUAAAUGAACCUUAUACAUUUGGACUGGUGAUCCCGGGGAUGAAACUAUACAUCAAUGGUGGGUGGUGGCUGAAGCUUAACUUGAAGACAAAGUACAUUGGGGGCACAUCUGAGCUAUCACCAAUGUACUGAGAUGACACGAGAACAGUAUAUUUUGGCCACACAACAAAAUAACUUACGGACUGAAAAUACUCAAUUUUAUCCAGUGGGAAUUUAUGGAUGGCGGAAGAGGUGUUUGUACUUCUUUGUGCUACUACUAUUGGUUACCAUGAUUGUUAACUUAGCAAUGACAAUAUGGAUAUUGAAGGUUAUGAAUUUUACAGUGGAUGGUAUGGGGAAUUUGCGAAUUGUCAAGAAAGGAAUACGACUGGAAGGAGUUUCUGAGUUUCUUCUUCCAUUAUAUGUAAAAGAAAUACAAUCUCGAAAGGACAGCGCACUGGUAUUACACUCUGACAGGAACGUAACAGUGAAUGCAAGGAAUCAGAAUGGACACCUAACAGGUCAAAUGAUAGUGGGUGCGGAUGCUGUGGAAGCACAGUGUAAAAGAUUUGAGGUAAAGUCAAAUGAGGACGGAAAAAUCUUGUUUGCAGCUGAUGAGGAGGAAAUAACAAUUGGUGCUGACAGACUUAGAGUCACAGGAACAGAGGGUGCAGUGUUUGGACACUCUGUGGAGACACCACAUAUAAGAGCAGGGACCUCACAAGACCUCAGACUUGAAUCUCCAACAAGAUCUUUAAUAAUGGAAGCCCCAAAAGGAGUACAAAUCAGUGCUGUCGCAGGAGAAUUCAAAGCCAGCUGUAGAAAAGAGCUACAAUUACAGUCCACAGAUGGGGAGAUAUUUUUAGAUGCAGACAAUAUCAGACUAGGAAAUUUACCACAAGGUUCUUUUAUAUCUUCAUCCCCAAGCUCAGUAGGCCCUCGACAAACUGUCUAUGAGCUGUGUGUUUGUCCUAAUGGCAAACUUUACCUGUCUCCAGCAGGAGCUAGUUCCACAUGUCAAUCCAGUAGCAACAUCUGUCUUUGGAGCUGAAGAAACUAUAAUGGAACUAUGUGUUUUCUCACACCAGAAUAGCCUUUUGCUACUAUACCUUUGCUUCACAGUUCUGCUGAUGAUCUUGUGUGGCUUGGGAAAUUAUCCUGCAUAAAGAUGGUUAUAAAAAAAUAAAUACGGACAUUCAGAUUGGAGGAUCACAUGGUAGUGCUGCCUGAGAGAAUUUCAUGGGUGCCUUUGCUACAGUACAUGAAGUGAAGCACAUCUCUCUAUCUUGGAUAAACCUGGAAAAAAUAACUAUAGUUCAUGUGCAAGAGAAUUUGCUAGACUCUUACAGGGGAAAACAGUAAAAUCCUAUGUGGAAAAAAAAAAGACUGUACUAUUUUAAAGCACAAUUUUCCAUUCACUAUUUUUGGAUGUAUACUUUUAUCCCACAAAUGGAAAAAAAAAAUCUUACAGUAUUAUGUGAUAUCGCUUUUACUAAACAAUUAAAUUGAAAAUAUUGUUUUUAAAAGAAAAGUUUGAAUUCCUCCUGUGUUUCCUUUUUUUUAAGAUAUAUUUAAUUUUAUACAUAAAAUGUAUCAUCACUG